UAUCCAUUUGCCCAUCCUAGUGCCUGGUACCUGGGGAUAUUUCUGGGUUAACUCAUCCACGCCCACGAACGGUUGAAGUGUCUAACGUCCCUCCAAGUUGCCAACUCCCUUCAGCAGGCGCCGACCCUGCAGCACCAGCACUACGCUUGGCGCUACCACGGCAGCACGACUUGUCAGUUGCACCCAUUGGCCUCACGCCGGUCGCCCAGUCCCCUGCACUCCUCCUCUCUCCCUUGGCGGUUCGGCCCUUCUCAGGGAGCUCCACCGCUACUAGCUUUCACUAAGAAACUGGAGACUGAAAUUCUUUAAAAAUCCAUAGACUUCUAUGAUAUAGAAUUCCACAGGAAUCUACAACAAUCGAAUGGAGUCUAUGGAAUUCUAUUAGAAUUCGUAGAAUUUAAAAUCACUCAGGGACACCCCCUUAAUCGACGGUGAAGUCCUGACUCUUGAAGCAAGAAGGAAGAGCCAACACACAACUCUUUUCACAUUUGCAUUCAGAAUAUGGCAAUUGACUGUCUAAUUUUAGGGGCAGGCCAAGAGGUGGGGAAGAGUUGCGUGGUGGUGACUAUGAAUGGAAAGAGGAUAAUGUUUGACUGUGGCAUGCACAUGGGCUUUUUGGAUCGUCGCCGCUAUCCCGACUUCUCUCUAAUCUCUCAGUCUGGAGAUUUCACUAGUGCCCUAUCUUGCAUCAUUAUCACCCAUUUCCACUUGGAUCAUAUAGGAGCUCUUCCAUAUUUCACUGAAGUUUGUGGAUAUAAUGGUCCCAUAUACAUGACGUAUCCCACAAAAGCCCUGGGUCCGCUAAUGCUUGAAGAUUACCGGAAAGUAAUGGUUGAUAGGAGGGGAGAGGAAGAGCAAUUUACUGCAGAACACAUUGUGGAAUGCAUGAAUAAAGUUAUAGCAGUGGAUCUGAAGCAGACUGUGCAAGUUGACGACAAUCUACAGAUUCGAGCAUACUAUGCGGGGCAUGUCCUUGGAGCAGCAAUGUUCUAUGCUAAGGUAGGAGAUGCCACUAUGGUAUAUACAGGGGACUACAACAUGACACCUGAUAGACAUCUUGGGUCUGCCCAAAUUGACCGUCUGCCGUUGGACCUUGUUAUAACUGAGUAUGUUAUGCUGCUUCCCUUCACAUUUGUAAUUGUAAUUCUGUAUAGUCAAUCACAUUCGCUUUGGUAGUUUGGUAGUAUAUAUUUCCUAGGAGCUCUUCCAUAUAUAACUUUAAAGCAAUGAACAUUGAUAUGACUUGCCCUCCCUGCAGAAGUGGGUUUAGGUUUCCUUUGCUUUAGUAACACUAACAUCAUAUUGAUAGUAAAAAUAAUUACUUAUACUCCCUUUAGAGUGGAUAGACCGGUGGAGAUGAAAUUGGUAGAGUUUAGGCAGUGAAAUUUGUGUUCGGUUCGGAAGACGUGAGUGUUAAAUGACACUGACAUUUGAAAAUGUCACCAAUAACGAUAAAAAUUGGAUAUCGCGCCAAAUCAAUUCAGCAUCCAGAAUUUCAAAAUCUAUGUUGGCCUAUUAUUCAAAAUAUGAAGGAAUGAAGUUUGUUCCAAAACAAGUUAGUUGAAGCUUGAUUUAAUAUUCUACUAAAAAGUACAACAAUCCAAAUAGAAUCAUAUUUGUAUGUAUUUGUCCUGAGUGGUGGAUUGAGAAUAUGUCAUUUUGAAUCCAAUCUGUAAACUUUUGUGAUUGGAAAAUCCUAAUCAUCUUUUAAUUUAGUCCGAAAGAUUGGAUUCUUUCAUAGUUUCACAUGUUUUUUGCUCACUAGUCACCCUAUUUUUUGUUGUAUUGAGCAUUCUUUUGACUACCAUGGACACUAAGGAGAUCCCGGUCGGUUAUAUGCCCCAUUACCUGGCUUCAUAAUUCAAAAGGACAGUGAAUUAGAUGGAGAUGCAUCUCAUAGAAAUAAAACGUGGUGGAUGAAAUGGAAGAGUGCGUCAAAGCUUCUAUGUGAUUGAGAUAUGUCGACUAGUUUGAAGGGUCAACUUAUGCAAAUACUUUCCGUGAUUCAAAGUAUGCUCGUGAAAGAGAGUUUCUGCAAGCUGUUCACGGCUGUGUUGCUGCUGGUGGGAAGGUGCUAAUUCCUACAUUUGCCCUGGGCAGAGCUCAGGAAAUAUGUAUGCUGCUGGAUGACUAUUGGGAGCGUACGAAUCUUCAAGUUCCUAUAUAUUUUUCUGCAGGAUUGACUGUCCAAGCUAAUAUGUAUUACAAGAUGCUCAUUAACUGGACCAGCCAAAAGGUGAAAAGCACAUCCACCAUAUGCAAUCCGUUUGAUUUUAAAAAUGUAUGCAGUUUUGAUCGAUCAUUAGUUAAUGCUUCUGGGCCUUGUGUACUCUUUGCUACUCCGGGAAUGAUAAGUGGAGGGUUCUCACUUGAAGUUUUUAAGCAGUGGGCUCCAUGUGAAGAUAACCUCAUUACUCUUCCUGGAUAUUGUGUAGCCGGGACUAUUGGGCAUCAAUUGAUGUCAGCAAAAACACCCACCAGAAUCAGAAUGGAAGGAGGGACCCACAUUGACGUGCGCUGUCAGAUCCAUCAGCUGUCUUUCAGCCCACACACUGAUGCCAAGGGAAUUAUGGACUUGGUUAAAUUUCUUUCGCCCAAACAUGUCAUACUUGUACAUGGCGAGAAACCGAAGAUGGCAUUACUGAAGGAGAGGAUCCAAACGGACUUGCAAAUCCAGUGUUACGAUCCUGCAAAUAAUGAGACUGUGUGUAUUCCUUCAACUCAUUACAUACAAGUGGAUGCCACAGAUACCUUUGUCAAAAGUGUGGUAACCCCAAAUUUCAAGUUCCUAAAUAGCAGUUCAAAAACAAAUUCUAGUCUAAAUGGAACCGAUCCGAGGCUCAAUCAUGUGUUACAAGUAUGUGAUGACAGAGUCGGCCAAGGGGUACUAGUUAUGCAGACCAACCAGAAACCAAAGGUUGUACAUGAGAAUGAGAUGAGAGAAAUGCUCGGAUUAGAAAGCUAUGAAGUGAGAUUCACUUACUGUUUUCCUGUGGAGCUGUCUUUUUCUGAGGAUGACACCAACCAAAGCUACGCUGACUUACAUGUUUGGCUUCAGUUAUUGUAUGCAAAACUGGCAGGAGGACUCAAAGAUUUGAUCAUUGUGAACAACAGGGAACAUCUUCGAGUUGAGUCAUUUGUUAUUGUUGUUUGCUUGAAGGAAAAGUGCUCUCACAGAGUCGAUAGUGGCAAUGCCCAGUGCACAUCUAAGUCGGUGCAUUUUUGCUGCAGUUGGUCACUGGUGGACGAGAAGCUUGCUUGGAGAAUCAUCUCCUUCAUGAAAAAUCUGGAGCUGAUAACUGCCUAAGUUGGUUUAAAAAAUAGAGGAAAAAGUGCAUGUGCCAAUCAUGUAGGCAACUCUCCGUACGAAUUUGUUUCUUUUACUCUUGUCCACCCCCAUUUCCAGCGCGAAUAGGAAGUGUAGUUCAGAAUUAUUUUCUCAAACUUUUCCUACACGGCUACACCUUUUGUAAAGUAGGUAGGAAGAAAGUCCAAUGUCACAGACUGUGAGGAAGUUACACAGACGGUGCCUGUGAGCUGUCGGGCUAAGGUUUAGACCUAUUUUUGGUGCCAAAUUGCCCCCGACAAUUGUUAUAUCGUGGAACUGGAGUAUGUGAGAACAAUUGUGUCCACAAUAACCUAUAUCGUCGGGUCGGCCGGGUUUUUCCGGGUUUUGACCAUUUCUGGGUUUUUAAUUAACAAAACCCGGUUUCGGUCCGAUUCACCGGGUUCCCGGUCGAGUGGUUCUUUAAACAUAGGUUCCCGGUGGAAUAUUUUGAUAAAAGUUUUUGAACAUGUUUUUCAUGAAGUGUAAAACAUCUCCA